AUGCAAAUGUCAAAUUAUUGGAGGUUGGAUGAAUUUAAUUGAAAUUGAAGUUUAAAUUAUGUUCCAAUAACACAAGAUUCGGAAACCUUAGGAGAUUAUAUUAAUUUCAAAGAUGAAUUUAAACAUAACUAACGUUGGAAAGUUUGUCUGGAAGUCUCAAUCUGUUCCAGGUUAUGGGUUCCAGCAAGUCCGAAAUAAAUGGGCCAAUUGGCUCAUGAUUCGCGAUGUCAAAAGAAGACGAAUGAGCGCUGAAAACUUUUUGGAAAGAACCAGAAUUAAUGCAAUGAGAAGAAAUGAUGUGCUGCCAGUAGAAAUUAGAGAGCUUGCUGAUAAAGAUAUUAAUAAGUUUGAGAUGAAUGCUAUUCCUUUGAGGAUAAAUAACAGAUGUGUUAUCACAUCCAGACCUCGGGGAAUUGUGCCCGAAUGGCGCAUGAGUCGUAUUGUAUGGCGCCAUUUGGCAGACUACAAUAAACUCUCCGGAGUCCAGCGAGCAAUGUGGGGAUAAUAUUGUUUUUUGGAGAUAGGAAUAAAUAGACUUAUAGAUUAUAAUUAUUUGUUUAGAUA